AUGGCCGACGUUUUAGACUUGAACGCUGAAGAUUUCGUGGAAGAGGAUGACGAGGGAGUCUCGAAGCUUAAAGAUAAAGCCAGGAGAAGGAAAGGACGUGGAUUUGAUGACAAAUCUAAAAGAGAUGAUAUUAAAGAUGAAGCCAUGGAAUUUGAUUCUGUCGAUCAAAAUGAUGACGAGGGCCCUGGACCACAAAGAUCUGUUGAAGGUUGGAUUUUGUUCAUUUCUUCUUUACAUGAAGAAGCACAAGAAGAUGAUUUACAUGAUAAGUUUGCUGAAUUUGGAAAAAUUAAAAAUUUACAUUUAAACUUAGACCGUAGAACUGGAUUUUUAAAAGGAUAUGCUUUGGUUGAAUAUGAGUCAUAUAAGGAAGCAUCUAGAGCACGUGAAGGACUUAAUAAUACAGAUAUUUUGGGACAGCAAAUAAGUGUAGAUUGGUGCUUUGUGAAAGGACCAAAAAGGAUUAAAAAAUCAAGACGCCGAAUGGCUAAUUAUUAA